UUUUGUAUUGAAAGGUGAAUGAUUCUACAGAGCCAGCUUGAUUGUACUUUCGACAGGAGCGAGGGGCACAGCCAGAGCCACAAAGGCAAGGCAUGAUCGUAAUUCGCAGACCAGGAGGUCAACUUCAAUGCCCGUGAACCAGCGGUCCGGGCGGCUUAAAUUCACGGUCCAGGCAAAUGAUCCAGCGCCAUAUAUAAGAUUAACACAGCCUACAGGGACGACUCUGCUAUGUUUCUUCCGAGGGCUUCAUAGUGUCGUGUUUUCUAAGGGAAGAAGACAACCUGUUCAUAGAUUUAUACAUACAUAUAUAUAUUAUAUUAUAUAUUGUAUCCAUCUCUUUCUCUCUGCCGCUCUAGAAAAUAGGGCAGAACGAAGAGAUGGAUAGGGGGAGCGACGCGCAGAAGUACGUGUGGGAAGGAGCGAUUCCACUGCAGAUCCAUCUGCACGAAUCCGAAGUCACCACUCUCCCUCCUCCACCGCCCGCUCUGAUCUUAGCUCCUCGGAUAGGAUAUCUUCCUUUGUUAGUACCACAAAUUAAACCUUUCUUCAGCAGUGCACUUCCUCCAGGCACAGAUACAGUAUGGUUUGAAUACAAAGGGUUGCCCCUGAAGUGGUACAUACCAACAGGAGUUCUCUUUGAUCUUCUUUGUCCAGAACCUGAAAGACCUUGGAAUUUAACAGUGCAUUUUAGAGGCUAUCCAGGAAAUAUUUUGACCCCUUGUGAGGGUGAAGACAGUGUAAAAUGGAGCUUUAUUAAUUCAUUGAAAGAGGCAGCAUAUAUAAUUAAUGGGAAUUGCAAGAAUGUCAUGAACAUGUCCCAAUCUGAUCAGGUGGAGCUUUGGCGCUCUGUUAUGAAUGGAGGCUCUCAGCAAUUCAAAGUGGUAGGAGACAAUGCAAUAAGUGGUAACUUGGAAACAUAUAUCCGGGUUUCAUCUAAGCUUAAACUUGGAGUUGGUGGAGAUGAGUUUUCAGUGAAGCUGAACUCACCCUCUUCCAAAACUCAAAGAAGCAUUGUUGAGACAGAUACUUCUGGGUCAGUUAAAACCGGUCGAAUUCCAGUUCGGUUGUAUGUCUGCAACGUGCAUGAUGAUUUUGAGGACUUGGAAGAUGCCCCUCAUGUUGAUAGUUGGGACAAAAUUGCUUACAUAAAUCGCCCCAUUGAAAUUCACAGGGAAGGCAAAUAUUUCUCCUUACUUGAUGCCGUAAAAACUCUUCUACCAGAGUUUUUUGCAGAAAAAAACUCCAUCAGUGAGGAAAUGCCCCAAGCGGAAGUUGAAGAUGAGCAGAAAUCAUCUUCAGGAGAUGGGAGUGGUUUGGGAACUGUUGAAGAAGUUAGAGAAACAUUGCGUGAACAUGUGGAGCUCUGCAGUCUACCAGAUAAUGCCGAAAUCAAGCUUCUCCGCAUCCAAGGGAUUCAACCCAAACUGGAGACCCCUUUUGCUUGGCUGGCGAACAACUUGAUGAACCCCGAACGCUUUCUUCACAUUUGUGCUUAUGUCAGGGUUCCCGAACCAAUCACCAUUUGACAUCCUACCCUUCCAUGAAUCUGAUCUUCUGUGCAUCAGAAAGUAAUUUGCAUGCUGUAUAGAACUGUAAAUAACAGUUAAUAGCAUCAAUCCCUUCAUUGCUUCAUUUCUUCCUUCCAUUUUUCUCUCCUGCGCUACUCGCACUUGUUAUGAAGGAAUCUUCAAUAUGGCUGGAUUCUUCACCUGGACGAUCCUUAUACUGGCGUGUAAUAUUGUUGUAAGUAUUAGCAUGCUGAUGGGUGCAGCCUGGUCCUGAUACUGGUUGAAAUUAGUGUUAUAUAUAUAUGAGAGAGAGAAGACAGAUGUCAAAUGCGAUUAGAAUAGGCCAUGUUCAAUCACUAAAUUCCUGAUACCCUUUGUUUUUUUAACCCAGAUUGGUAUAGAAAUUGAAUUUGUCUA